ACUGGUGAGGCAAGUGUGCGUCUAUUUCCAUGGCGCCCUGGCUCGCGGCAACCCCUGGCUGGGCGAGGGGUGUGAUGUGGGAGUGGGGUGGGAGGGGGCAGCAGGCGGGGCCUGCCACGUCACUUGGAGAGUGUGUGUUGGGAAGGAAGGGCAGAGCGGAGAGCCGAGCCGCUGCAGCUGCCGCGGCGGCAGCGAAGCCUUGAGCCGUGGGGAGGUGGGUCCCCGCGCUCGGGCGCCGGGGCAGCCCAAGGCCCUCUGCGAGGCCUGCGGCGCGGCUCCUAGGGAGGAGGUGGCGGCUGUGGCGGCCGGAACCGCGACCUUGGCCGGACCCAGCCCCGCGGUGGACGCAGGGCGGAGGCCGAGCCCCGCCAGGAGUCUUUGCCGAGCCGGAGGGAGGCGCAUCAGGCGCUUCGGUACCAGCGGCAGCCGGGGGUCCGGAGCGGCUGGAGGAGCGCAGUGGGAACUGGGAAGAGCUAGCCCGGCUGGAGGGCGGACCCCUGCGUCCGGGAGCCGGGUCUCAGGCACCGCAGGGGCGAAGCCACUCGUCUUUUCGGGCAGCCAGUUUCACACGCGCCCGUGUGCGGUUCCGGGCAUCCCAGUAAGCUCUAGCACCGGGGCGCGGGUAACGGGAAGCGCAGAACCAAAUCCCCAGCGCCCAGGUCACCUCCCCAGACCCAGCCUCGCAGGGACCAGGGCUUUAGGGCUCACGGACCCAACCGCCAGGUCAGACCGCGAACCGGGAGGAGCACGAGCCCCACCCUAAAGUGGGCGCAGCCGGGAGCCGGGGAGCGGUGCCGCGCUCCAGAGGUUUUGUCGUGGGCGCCGUCCUAGUGGCGGGGAGCGCACCUCCGUGGGGGCAUGAGAUCGGAGAAAUCCCUUACGCUGGCGGCGCCGGGGGAGGUCCGUGGGCCGGAGGGGGAGCAACAGGAUGCGGGAGACUUCCCGGAGGCCGGCGGGGGCGGGGGCUGCUGUAGUAGCGAGCGGCUGGUGAUCAAUAUCUCCGGGCUGCGCUUCGAGACACAAUUGCGCACCCUGUCGCUGUUUCCGGACACGCUGCUGGGAGACCCUGGCCGCCGAGUCCGCUUCUUCGACCCCCUGAGGAACGAGUACUUCUUCGACCGCAACCGGCCCAGCUUCGACGCCAUCCUCUACUACUACCAGUCUGGGGGCCGCCUGCGGAGGCCGGUCAACGUGCCCCUGGACAUUUUCCUGGAGGAGAUCCGCUUCUACCAGCUGGGGGACGAGGCCCUGGCGGCCUUCCGGGAGGACGAGGGCUGCCUGCCCGAAGGUGGCGAGGACGAGAAGCCGCUGCCCUCCCAGCCCUUCCAGCGCCAGGUGUGGCUGCUCUUCGAGUACCCAGAGAGCUCUGGGCCCGCCAGGGGUAUCGCCAUCGUCUCCGUGUUGGUCAUUCUCAUCUCCAUAGUCAUCUUUUGCCUGGAGACCUUACCCCAGUUCCGUGUAGAUGGUCGAGGUGGAAGCAAUGGUGGUGGUGUGAGUCGAGUCUCCUCAGUUUCCAGGGGGAGUCAGGAGGAAGAGGAGGAUGAAGACGAUUCCUACACAUUUCAUCAUGGCAUCACCCCUGGGGAAAUGGGGACCGGGGGCUCCUCCUCACUCAGUACUCUGGGGGGCUCCUUCUUUACAGACCCUUUCUUUCUGGUGGAGACCCUGUGCAUUGUCUGGUUCACUUUUGAGCUCUUGGUGCGCUUCUCCGCCUGCCCCAGCAAGCCGGCCUUCUUCCGGAACAUCAUGAACAUCAUUGACUUGGUGGCUAUCUUCCCCUACUUCAUCACCCUGGGCACCGAGCUGGUGCAGCAGCAGGAACAGCAGCCAGCCAGUGGAGGAAGCAGCCAGAAUGGGCAGCAGGCCAUGUCCCUGGCCAUCCUCAGAGUCAUCCGCCUGGUCCGGGUGUUCCGCAUCUUCAAGCUCUCCCGCCACUCCAAGGGGCUGCAGAUCCUGGGCAAGACCUUGCAGGCCUCCAUGAGGGAGCUGGGGCUGCUCAUCUUCUUCCUCUUCAUCGGGGUCAUCCUCUUCUCCAGUGCUGUCUACUUCGCAGAGGCUGACGAUGACGAUUCGCUCUUUCCCAGCAUCCCGGAUGCUUUCUGGUGGGCAGUGGUUACAAUGACCACGGUAGGUUACGGGGACAUGUACCCCAUGACUGUGGGGGGUAAGAUCGUGGGCUCACUGUGUGCCAUCGCUGGGGUCCUCACCAUUGCCCUGCCUGUGCCCGUCAUCGUCUCCAACUUCAACUACUUCUACCACCGGGAGACGGAGCAGGAGGAGCAAGGCCAGUAUACCCACGUCACUUGUGGGCAGCCUGCGCCGGACCUGAAGGCAACUGACAAUGGACUUGGCAAGCCUGACUUCCCCGAGGCUAACCGGGAACGGAGACCCAGCUACCUUCCUACACCACAUCGGGCCUAUGCAGAGAAAAGAAUGCUCACAGAGGUCUGACCAGUGAAGGCAGGGCCUGCAGGAGGGGAGCACUGAGCUAACAGUCUCUUAGGCUUCCUUCUCAUUUUCACUACUCACUCUAGCUUCAGUUGACUUCUUGACUCUCUCCCCUUCACCCACUACCUGGCAUCCAGGACCAAAUACCUGGACUAUCAAUCUUGUUGCUUAAUCCAUUGUUGCUUAAGCAUUCAAGGUUAAUCCAUCUAAGUGACAUUUUUAAAAUUCCAGCGGUGCCACCCAAUCAUGCCCAUCUUCUGUCAUAUGGAUGAGAUAUGCAUUUAUGUCUGACCUUCCCUCAAGACUGAUUUUUCAUGUCUGGGACUUACAAUAUCUCUAGGAACAGCAAUGUCAACAGGAUGGAAACCAGCCAUACCUAAGUCUUCGCUCCCUCCUUAGUGUUCUUUGCUUUGGGUCAUGUGCGCUUCCUAGCUUCAGGCCACUUGGUAACUGGAAGAAGCUGGAGGACAGAAGCAGUACUCAACUUGCUGUUAUUCCGGUGCCCUGUAACACCCACUGGUCAUCCUGCAGAUGACCCUUGGUAAAGUCUUCAUUUGCACAGCCUCAAAAUGGGUUAUUCAUUUCUAAACUUGGCUGGAAUUAGAGAAAAUACAAUCAAACUUUACCACUUGGAGGACACGGGGGUUAGUCCAGGACCAAAGGGGCCAUGGAUUUUUCAAAGCGUGGCCCAGCACAAGAGGCACUGGUGUUUGGUCUACAUUUAGUCCUCCCCACUCUGAUCCCCUGACUCUCUAGCUUCCAGGAAGGUUCCUUCUCAGAGCCAAAUACUCUUUUUGUGCAAGUGCCUUCCUGAGCAGAAGAACUGGAGAAAGGGAAUCACAGAACCAGGAGGAAUGUCUGAAUAGAGUCAAGCAACUGGCUUGACCACAGUCUGAAGCAAGGUGCCACUUAAACAGAUACUGUUUUCUCAAAGGGGCAGAGGAAUCCUGUUGCAGAUGGCAGCCUUUUCUCCCUCAUUUCCCCCAGAUUUUCUCUAGCCCUCUACCUUGCUUCCUGGGAAUUUGAUUUAGGAUUGCUGUUGAAGGCUUCCUCAAGCAAACUCCAGCUUAAAGCCCUAGACAGGUACAAGCACACAUUGGAUGGCAGCAUGGGUUUCUUCCCAUUUUAUGGGCAUGAAACAUGUGGUUUAGAAUAAGGAGCAAGUGUUAUUCCUUUGCCAGCAGCCUCACUCUAAGAGGUUUUUUUGCUGAGUCAAGCAAACACUUGCCUGCUCUGCCCGUUGGAGCUGCAUUUGGUCUGCUCUCACUGGUAAGGUGAUGUGGUGGCGUUCCCACUUGAUCUAAGCCAUUUUCUUCCAUUGUGAGGCCACUGCCAUCUAUCCACUGGCCCACCUACCCUCUUUCCUCUCUCAGUAACGUUGCCAUUUGUUUUGCCUUUGAUAAACUGUGAUGUACUGUUCUGAGACCUUUUGGGUGCAGUUCUGAAACUGAAAGGACUGUUAACAUGUUUUUAAUUUUAUAUCUAUGCUUUCAGACUCUUUGAUGAUAAUUUUUUUAAAAAAUUAUUUUCUCGAAGAGCAGCUUACAAGAGGACAGCCUUAUGAGUGUUUGCUUGAGAGGCAGUGUUGCUUCUGUGACUGCCAGAUCUAAAUCUCGACCUUGCCAUAACUUUACAGGGUAACUUGGGUCCACAGUCCCUUUUUGUGCCUCAGUUUACCCACCCAUUAAAUGGGAACAUUACUGUCUUCCCCGCCCUACCUCAUGGGGAAUGUCUGGGAAGCUGGGGACAUUGCUAUGCAAAUGUGUGAAUCUUAGUCAUGGAUUUGAU